AUGGCCAUGAAUGCCGUCGCUUCACUCGUGCUCACGCAGAUUGUGGAGCAUCCGUUCCACUUUCUACUUGAGAUUGUGUUCGCCGCCGCCUUGGCGGCUGUGCUAUGGAGGCAGCACGUGCAGAGAAAGAAAAACAAGUCCAAGCUGGUCGCCCCUGUGAUGCCGCCGCCGGAGGAGCAGGAGCGCCGCAUUGCGCAGUUCCAAUCGAAGAUGUUCCAGGCCAACUGUAGGACGGCCACCAACGCCACGGUGCCCAACGGGGCGGGGAUGGCGGAGGUGGACUCCAGGGAGGGCUGCUACGUGACCAUUCGCAACGCGGCGGACGGGGGCCUGCUGCGGUGCCUCGACCUGGCGACUGAGGAUUUCCACUCCUUUUCAACGCACCCCACCGUGCUGAAGGUGGCACGCGAGACGGUGAUGGCUUACGGUGUUGGGAGUUGUGGCCCUCGCGGGUUCUACGGCACGAUCAAGCCCCACAUGGACGCGGAGACAGACUUGGCGCGGUUUCUCGGGGUGGAGGACGCCAUCAUCUGCAGCCUUUCCUUUGCCACGGUCUCCACGCUCAUCUCCUGCUUCGCGGGCAGAGGGGAGUACCUCAUCGUGGACGAGGGCGUUAACUUGUCCAUCGCGGACGGCUGCACCCUCUCCCGGGCCACCGUUUACAAGUACCGCCACAACAACAUGCCUCACCUUGAGUCGCUCCUGAAGGAAGUGGCGGAGAAGGAGAGUGCCACGAAAAAGUUGUCACGACGCUUUGUGGUGACGGAGGGUCUUUUUAGGAACAGUGGCGACCUCUGCCAUUUGCCACGCAUACUUGAACUAUGCCACAAGUACAAAUUUCGUAUUAUUUUGGAGGACAGUUACGGGUUCGGUUGCCUGGGCUCAACGGGCCGCGGCACGCAUGAGCACUUUGGCAUCCCAGCCACGCGUAUUGAUUUGUAUGUGGGCAGCUUGAGCACCUCCUUGGGCGCCGUCGGAGGCUUCUGUGCCGGGACGCGGGCGGUGGUGGACUACCAGCGCCUCACCGCCUCUGCGUACGUUUUCUCCGCAUCGCUGCCGCCCUACAUUACGGCUGCCGUCUCCACCUCCCUCACACUGCUCGACGGGGACCACACCUACGCCGAGAAGCUGCAGGCGAACGCCAAGCUGUUCCGCCAGACCCUUCGACAGGCUAGCUUCAACGCCGACAAGCUCCGUUUGCUGGAGUGCGAAGGGGAUGUCUCGCCAAUUCUGGUGCUGCGCCCCACCGACGCGUACGCGAAGAGCCACGCCCAGAGUUUGGAAGUGGAGCUGGAAGAAGUUGUACGGAUGGCAAGGGAAAAGAAGGUGAUGCUCGUGCGGCAUCUCUACUCUGAGGAUGAGCAGUGCGAGAACCUCCCGGCGCUGCGGAUCCUUGUGAAGGGAAAGGCAACCCGAGGGGAGAUUGAAGGUGCCGCCAACGUCGUGGUUGAGGCAGUGAAGGCUGUUUUCUCCUGA